AUGAGUAACUCAGAUAGCAAUACAUGCAUAUUUCAAGUUAGUGGCAAAAAGAUCCAAGAAUUAAAACACAAUGAUCCAAAUAAUGAGAGCUCUCAUGCGCAAGUAAGAAACACAACUUACAAGUAUGAUUCUUUCCAGAAAGGACGUUACCAAGAAGAUGAAGUCAAUUCCACUUAUAAAACGACAGAAACAAAUCAAAAAGAAAAAUUCCAUUAUGAUGGUAAAGAAGUUAAAAAUAAAUUACAAAUUCAAUCGAAAACAGACAUGCUUAAAGCAUUUUUGGAAUUUGAUCCUAUUUUGAAAGCAAAUAGUCAAGAACCACUUAUUGCUCAAGAAGAUAUAAAUAUAAUUGAUAAGGCUACAGUGUUAAUGUUGGAGAGAAAUAAAUUUAUAUUCAACGAAUAA